UGGACGCACUGAUGGCAAACCUACAUGGCGCUCAGUUGCUGCCUCCUCGGGGUCACCUUCCAUUGGGCGGAACCCGCGGACAGGAGAGUGGAGGACGAGAUCCCGGACGACGAGCUGGAAUUGCUGCUCAUCCAAGGGUGGAGAACAAACAUGGAGGGAGAUUUUUUGGGGAUCGUGUUUGGAGAAGUGCGCAGCGGCCAUCUGAGUUCCAUUACGGACGAGCUGCUGGUGCUUCUAACCCAAGUACUCGACGACCUGCCGUUGGAGAUCCUCUCGCACUGUGACGAGAGACCAGGGACAACCACGCUCACUCGUACCCUGGAACCACAUCUUCUUUGGUCCACCUGUACGGAACUGGAGGAGGGAAGCUAUUACGUACCCUCGGCAGGUGCGUACCUACACGUCAACGUCACCGAUCUUUCCACGUGGGACCCGCUCAUUCGGCGCACUCCCGCAGGAGAGACGAGUGAAAAAGAGGAGGAGGACGACAAAGAAGAAGUAUCGGCCGAGGAAGAAGAUCGGGAAGACGAUCCCGAUUAUCAAGGAUCGGAGGACGCCGAGUCGGAAGAGGCCAUUUCAGGGCGAGUGGAAUCAGACGAAGAAGAAGGUGGAGCGGGGGAGUCGAGUGGUCCCGACAAGCUGAGCCAAGAAGAAAGAGAGAUUGUGGCGCAGAGGAGACGGGCAGCAGCGGAAGAAAAGCAGCGGAUCGAAGAAUCAAGAGGGCCACCGCAACUGCUGCAGGACGAUCCGACGCGCAAUCCAGAACCGUCGCAGGAGGAGGAGGAACGAGAUGGAAGCGCCACCACGGAGGGAUCAAGAAGUCGGUGCCGCCGAAGGAGUCAAUCGCCCUCCCAAUCCUCCCCAGUUCGACCCACAGCCCUUCGUUUAUGUCGAGAUGCGGGCGCACGGGCUUCGUCCCCGAUUGUUAUCCCGUCGUCCCCGUGACUUCCUCACCAUCCAGCAGCUCCCAAGCCGGCCCCCGUUCCCUG